AUGGACGCCCUCGUCAAGGAGUUCCGGAAGGCCUACGCCAAUGAGCGUGGCAACGAUCUAGCCAGCACACUCACGCCUGACCUGUCCACGUCUCCAGAAAGGUUAUUGGCCGUUUGGGAAAGCGGCAGAAAUGCCCAGGCCAUCAAGGAUGACCUCCGAUUUCUCUUUGUCCAGGACAAGUCAGCACAACUCCGAAUGUCACGUGAGGAGGCUCAAGGUUGGCAAGAAGUCUACUUGGCCUAUUGGAAGGCCAUUGGUGAGAUUCUGGCGGUGGAAGGCCGACGACAUGACGGUGCAAAGUCAACAUGGACCAAAGUAUACGAGUCUUGGAAGGAUCUCACGUCUCAAAUAAUUCGAGGAUACACCAACUAUGACUUUGAAAAUUGGACCAUUCCAUGCCUGUACGUGGCUGGCAAGUACAUGAGACUGUAUGCAAUCCGCGCAGACGCUGAACGAAACACCAACGACGCCGGCGAUGAUGCACUUACCAACUUUCAAGAUGACUUUGAUCCCGAGACCGAGAAGAACAAGUCGCUGGAGGACUGCGCACGGCAGCUGAACCGCAUAUUCAAUACGUGUUUAAGUGACAGAGCACCUCUGGCCGAAUCCCGAAAAUGGGGCAUCUAUUAUGCUAUAAACCUUCUCUUCAAGACAUACUUCAGACUUAACUCGGCAUCCCUAUCGAAGCACGUCUUGCGGUCAUUAUCAGCUGGACGCGGAGAUAUGCCUGAGCUGGACAGCUUUCCCAAAUCACAACAAGUCACAUUCAAGUAUUAUGAAGGUGUACUAGCAUUCCUCGAAGAGAGCUACGUUGACGCCGAGCAACACUUGACUCAGGCUUGGGAAAUGUGCCACAAGGAUGCGACCCGAAACCUAGAAUUGAUAUUGACCUACCUCAUCCCAUGCCAUCUCCUUACUACGCACACCUUACCAAGUGCCAAACUCCUCCAACACUUUCCACGACUACAAAACCUGUUCCUCAACUUGGGUGUCGCUAUCAAGAAGGGCAAUUUGCAGGCCUUUGAUCAAGCCCUCACUGACGGUGAAGACGAGUUCAUUAAACGAAGAAUCUACUUGACGCUUGAGCGCGGCCGUGAUAUUGCACUGCGCAAUCUUCUUCGAAAAGUUUUCAUUGCCGGCGGAUUCGAAGAGCCCAAAGAUGGACAGCCUCCCCUGCGUCGAACCCGAGUGCCAGUUGCAGAGUUCGCCACAGCCAUUAAGCUCAGUGGAGGACGACCGAUUGACACGGAUGAGGUUGAGUGUCUACUGGCAAACAUGAUCUACAAGAACUUAAUGAAGGGUUAUAUUUCCCAUGAGCGUGGUAUUGUGGUUCUCAGCAAGAACGGUGCUUUCCCUGGCACGGGAGUGUAA